GACGUCUUCUGCGUGGAGUAGCUGGGAAUCUCCGCGCAUGCGCAGUCGGCUCGGCACGACAGACCGGGCUGAUAUACCAUGGAGUCGGUGACAGCGUGUAGCGGCUCAGGGUUACAAGCAUAGUCCUAGUCUGAAGUUCUCCAUUCACAAUGGCUCAGUUUGGAGGACAGAAGAACCCUCCUCCAUGGGCCACUCAAUUCACAGCAACUGCAGUGUCCCAGCCAGCCCCACUAGGGGUCCAGCAGCCUUCAUUACUCGGGACGUCCCCCACAAUCUACACUCAGUCGGCUCUUGCAGCUGCCGGCCUCAGCAGCCCCUCCCCAGCAAAUUACCAGCUAACUCAGACCGCAGCAUUACAGCAGCAAGCAGCAGCAGCAGCCGCUGCAGCAGCUCUUCAGCAGCAAUAUUCCCAGCCACAGCAGCUUUACAGCGUGCAGCAACAGUUGCAGCAGCCACAGCAGACAUUGAUAACUCAGCCGGCUGUUGCCCUGCCUACAAGUCUCGCCCUGUCUACACCCCAGCAGGCCGCACAGAUCACCGUCUCUUACCCCACUCCGAGGUCCAGCCAGCAGCAGACUCAGCCCCAGAAACAGCGUGUCUUCACUGGGGUUGUAACAAAGCUUCAUGAAACGUUUGGCUUUGUGGAUGAAGAUGUAUUUUUCCAGCUGACCGCUGUUAAGGGAAAGUCACCACAGGUUGGAGACCGAGUUUUAGUGGAAGCCACUUAUAAUCCUAACAUGCCAUUUAAAUGGAAUGCUCAGAGGAUUCAGACCCUCCCUAACCAGAAUCCAUCUCCAGUACAGCCUCUAAUAAAGAACCCACCAGCGAUAAUGCAACCUGUCCCACAGCAGCCUGCUUUUGGGGUGCAGCCUCCGCCACAAGCACAGACUCUUCUGCAGGCACAGAUAUCUGCUGCAUCUUUAAAUCCAUUGCUUCAAGCACAACCAUCACCUCUAUUACAACAGCAGCCACAAAAAGCUGGCUUAUUGCAGACCCCAGUCCGCAUGGUGUCUCAGCCCCAGCCAGUUCGGAGAAUUGAACCGCCAUCAAGAUUCUCUGGAAGAAGCGAUAGAGGAGACUCUAUAUUCAGUAGAAAAGAUGACAGAAAUCGAGAGAGAGAUCGGGACAGGCGCAGAUCACGUGACCGGUCACCACAGAGAAAACGCUCGCGAGAGAGAUCUCCUCGCCGCGAGAGAGAGCGGUCACCUCGCAGACCGAGACGGGUGGUGCCCCGCUACACUAUACAGUUUUCAAAGUUCUCCCUGGACUGCCCUGGAUGUGACAUGAUGGAGCUGAGGCGACGUUAUCAGAACCUGUACAUUCCCAGUGAUUUCUUUGAUGCCCAGUUUACAUGGGUGGAUGCUUUCCCAAUGUCUCGGCCAUUCCAGCUUGGAAGUUACAGUAAUUUCUAUGUCAUACACAAGGAAGUGGAUCCACUUGAGAAAAAUACUGCUAUUUUGGAUCCGCCUGAUGUAGACCAUACAUACAGUGCAAAGGUCAUGUUACUGGCAAGUCCCGCUUUAGAAGAUUUAUAUCACAAGUCUUGUGCCCUUGCAGAGGACCCAGUUGAAGUUAAAGAAGGUUUCCAGCACCCAGCAAGACUCCUAAAGUUUUUAGUGGGAAUGAAGGGUAAGGAUGAGGCUAUGGCAAUUGGAGGACACUGGUCUCCUUCCCUAGAUGGUUCAGAUCCAGACAAAGACCCUUCUGUGCUCAUCAAAACGGCUGUUCGAUGUUGUAAGGCUCUGACUGGCAUUGACCUGAGCUUGUGUACACAGUGGUACCGUUUUGCAGAGAUUCGCUACCAUCGCCCUGAGGAGACCCACAAGGGGCGUUCGGUUCCUGCUCAUGUGGAGACUGUGGUUUUAUUUUUCCCGGAUGUUUGGCAUUGCCUUCCCACCCGCUCAGAGUGGGAAAACCUGUGCCGAGGAUACAAGCAGCAGCUGGCCGACAAGCUUCAGGGUGAACGCAAGGAAGCUGAUGGAGAACAGGAAGAAGAGGAUAAAGAUGAUGGGGAUGCAAAAGAAAUCUGUACUCCUACUCACUGGUCAAAACUCGAUCCGAAGGUGAUGAAGGUAAAUGAUCUGCGUAAAGAGCUUGAAAGUCGCACUCUUAGUUCAAAGGGGUUAAAAUCACAGCUAAUAGCACGAUUAACAAAACAACUGCGCAUAGAAGAGCAAAAAGAGGAGCAGAAGGAGCAAGAAAAAUGUGAAAAAGAAGAUGAGGAGGAGGAAGAGCGUAAAUCUGAGGAUGAUAAGGAGGAAGAAGAAAGGAAACGUCAAGAAGAAAUGGAGCGCCAGCGGCGAGUUAAAAGAUACAUCUUGCCCGAUGAGCCGGCCAUUAUUGUGCAUCCAAACUGGUCAGCCAAAAAUGGGAAGUUUGACUGCAGUAUCAUGUCUUUAAGCGUCCUUUUGGAUUAUCGGAUAGAGGACAAUAAAGAACACUCAUUUGAGGUGUCACUGUUUGCUGAGCUUUUCAAUGAAAUGCUUCAGAGAGACUUUGGAGUUCGUAUAUACAAGGAGCUUAUAGCUCUCCCUGAACGGGAUGAGAAAAAAGAGAAGAAGAUUAAGAAGGAAGAGAAAAAAGAAAAGAAAGAUGAUGAAGACGAUGAGCCAAAAACCAAACGAAGAAAAUCUUCAGAUGAGAAAGUUAAAUCAGAGGAACGAGAUGAAAGAAAGAAGGAAGACCGAAAAAGAGACGAUUACCGCGAUGAUGACGACAUAGACGAUGAUAACCAGGAAGAUUAUGAGCCCAUAGGAGCAGAAGAGGAUGAUGGUGACUAUGAGGACCGAGAUGAGGAUGACGAUGACUUUAGCACCAAAGAUAAACGUGAUGACAAGAGAGACAUCAGGUACAGCAAGGAAUGGCUGAAAGAUAAGGAGAAAGAGAAGAAGCAAAUGAUUACCAUGAAUAAAGAUCUGCUCAUGGCAUUUGUAUAUUUCGAUCAAAGCCAUUGUGGUUACCUUUUGGAAAAAGAUUUAGAAGAAAUCAUCAACACGCUUGGACUGCAUCUGUCUAGGGCUCAGGUUAAGAAACUCUUUGGUAAAGUAAUGCUGAAGGAAUCGUGCUACUACCGCAAGUUAACUGACACCUGUAGUGAUGACGGAAGCCACGAGGAACUGGAUUCCAUGCAGGAAGACAUUCUAGGAAAUCGUUUGCUUUUGCCAUCAAAAAUGUCAAGAUCCGAAGUGUCCACUGUGGAAGAGAAAAAUGGCCUUAUUGUCUACAAAGGUGCAUUGGUUGAUAUCGGAAGUCUUCUGCAGAAAUUAGAGAAGAGUGAAAAGGCUCGGGCCGAGUUAGAACAGAGGCUGCAGACUGUUCAGUCCAAAACAGAGGAAGAUGAAAAGUCAAUUUUCCAAUUAGAAGCCUCGAAUAAAAGCUUGUCUGGAGAGUUGAAGGAUACAAAAUGUGAUCUCAGCCGCUUGAGAGAGAGCUUGAAAGCCCUGGAAGACACGAACUGCCAGUAUGAGGACCAACUAAACAAGACGAUGAGAGAACUGACUGCCACCAUGGAGGGGAUCCAGAGUGUUCUCAACAAGAAUCCAGGGGCAUCUGACGACGAGAAGUCAAAGGAGAACGGAGCCAGCUUUUGACGCAUCUUUUUCCCAUCUUGGAGAGCGAAGAAUAAUGUUAUAUAAUAUAAUGCAAAUCAUGGUUUUGGAAGUGAAGAGAGACUGGAUGUAGUUUUACUUGAUAUUUAAUGGAGAAAAGUUGUAUAUAGUUUUAUUAAUGUGUGAAGAGCCGCCUCUACGCCAUUGCCUGCAGCUGACAGGAUAAAGUGGAAAAAUACAGAUUUUGCAAAUGUUUAGGAUAAGUUAAGUCAUAGCAAAAUAACCACAAAUAGAUUGUGUAAGAAAACGGAUCUUCUAUAUAUUUUUUUUGUUAUCCCUUCCACUUUUUAUGUACAUAUAAAAAAAAAAAUCUAA